GCUAGCAACUGAUGACUCUGCAACCAAACCCGUCACUAUCAACCAAUACUUAAUAGCAAAUCUUGCAAGACGAAGGCGAUGAUAUAAACCCAAACUCAUUUAAGAAAAAUCUACGAAAACCCUAGAAGACGAAGAAACAAAAUGUCCUUAGAGAGACGCAGUAAUUCGGCCUCCACAUCUCCUGAAGAAAACGCUCUGUUCCUCGAUAUACUUAAUGAGGCUCCUUUGUGUGGUCACCGGAAACGGAGGAGCAUUUUUGGAGCCGUUGUCUACUGUGUUCUACUGGCAAGUUAUGCUGUUUUGGGUGCGAUAGCUCCCUUUGUGUUUCAUCACAAAUUGGUCCCUUCAUUGCUUUGUAGUUGUGGUGUUGCUCUUCUGUUAGUCACAGGCAUCUUCCAACAAUAUUUCGUUUCUCAAGUCCAGAAAAUACGUUUGCAGGGUUAUUAUAGUUUCAGCCAGAAAUUGAAGCAUAUUGUUCGCUUACCAUUUGCCAUUACUGCCUAUGGAAUUGCUGCGAUGUUGCUUGUCGUGGUAUGGAAACCCCAAAUCAGCUUUCUUUCAAUCCCAGCAUUACUAAGGAUUAUUGCGUUGACUGAAGCUGUAUGUGCUGUAUCCUUUAUGAGCGUCUAUAUUGGUUAUUUGCACCAGUAUAAUUCAUUAGAUUCUCAGCCUGAUAUUUUGAAGUCUUUAUAUUCUCCACUCCAACAAUCAAGUUCUUUAGAAGGAUUGAGGUAUCAUGAUGGUGGUCGACUUUCUGAUCAGCAAAUGGCUUUGCUUCAAUACCAGCGUGAGAACCUUCAUUUUUUGAGUGAGGAGAUUCUUCGUUUGCAAGAGAGCCUAAGCAAAUAUGAGCGGUCUAAUGAUGGGAACACACCUCCGGUUGAUCUUCCUCACAUGUUAGCAGCUCGUGAACAGGAAUUACGGAUGCUUUCUGCUGAGAUGAAUCAACUGCAAACUGAGCUAAGGCUUGCUCGGUCUUUGAUAGCUGAGAGGGACUCUGAGAUACAGCAAGUCUGCACUACAAACAAUCAGAAUUAUAUCGGCAUGAAUGACUGGAGCCAUCUUCCAUUGAAGUGGUUUACUCAUAAAUUGAAAUUUGAUGUGCUGAAGCUUGAGCGAGCAUUGGAGGUAGAGCGGUUGUCAAAUCUUGACCUGCAAAGGAGGCUUCCAACAAGAAAUCAAUCAAAUGCAUCACCUGAACAAAGUGGGCAGCGUACAGCUUAGUUCCCUUUUGGAACUUUUUUGCCAUUUCUCCGGAAAUUUUGGUUACAUUGGGGGAGUUGAUGGUAAUGUAUAUUACAGUACCUCGAGGAAACCAGUUGAGGAAGCAUUUGAUUUAACGAUUGCA